AGUGCCUGUGCAAAGUAAAAUCAGUUUUUGCGUAGUUUUUGCCCACAUACGUUCCUCUUUCCUUGAUUGUUCUCCCUCGAUUUUCUCGGGAAUCAAACAGUCCCAGUGAUUGACCGGACCGUACACACACAGAAUGGUGGUUUACCUUGCCGGAGAACAUAGAACCAGUCCUCCAAAAUCUCCUUCAGGUAAGUCCCUUCAAAUUUCCUUCACAAAGCCACACACUUCAAAAACCUAAAAUCUUCAAAGCUCAAAAAUUAAUCUUCUAAAAACCCCUAUCUAAAUUGCUAAAACCUUCCCAUCCCAUUGGUUUUGCAGUGACCGAAACCACACCUACUAAAUCAAACUCUUUACUAAUAUAACCCAUCAAAAACUGUUGCUUUCUUUGAUAUAACUAUGUGGGUCUCUGCAAAAUCUUCAAUUUCUAACAUUUCUUUGCUUUCUUUUCGUUCACACCAAAACCCAUUUCUCAGUUUGCCCCAUAUCUCACUCCCACAUAGUCAUUCUCAAUCUUCGCAAAAGACCCAAGUUUAUUGUGGUAUCCGUGAACUACGAGAGCGGAUUGAUACUAUAAAAAAUACCCAGAAAAUCACGGAAGCCAUGAAGCUCGUCUCGGCUGCAAGGAUCCGACGAGCUCAAGAGGCGGUCAUCAAUGGCCGGCCCUUCUCGGAGGCCCUUGUAGAAAUGUUAUAUAAUAUCAAUGAGCAGCUUCAAGUAGAGGAUAUAGAUGUUCCUUUAACAAAUGUUAGGCCUGUGAAAAAAGUUGCCAUUGUGGUUAUAACAGGCGACCGCGGUCUCUGUGGCGGUUUCAACAAUUUAAUUAUCAAAAAGGCCGAGACCCGGAUGGCCGAAUUGAAGAAUCUUGGAUUGGAUUUCACUGUGAUCAGUGUUGGCAAGAAGGGUAAUUCCUAUUUUAGGCGGAGGGAUGAUGCAUUGGUGGACAGGUUUAUUGAAGGGGGGACUUUCCCUACCACAAAAGAUGCUCAGGCCAUUGCCGAUGAUGUCUUUUCGCUAUUUGUUACCGAAGAGGUUGAUAAGGUGGAGCUUGUGUAUGCUAAGUUUGUGUCGUUGAUUAAGAGUGAUCCAGUGAUUCAUACAUUGCUUCCAUUGUCACCAAGAGGAGUUGUUUCUGAUGUGAAUGGGAAGUGUGUUGAUGCCAUGGAGGAUGAGUUCUUUAGGUUGACGACGAAGGAGGGGAAGUUGGUUGUGGAGAGGGAUAGUGUGAGGACAAAGAGGGAGGCCCUCUCACCACUUUUGCAAUUUGAGCAGGAUCCAGUUCAGAUUCUUGAUGCCAUGAUGCCUCUUUAUUUGAAUAGUCAGAUUUUGAGGGCAUUGCAGGAAUCGCUGGCGAGUGAGCUUGCAGCAAGGAUGAAUGCAAUGAGUAAUGCUUCAGAUAAUGCAGUGGAGUUGAAGAAGACUCUUUCAAUGGCUUAUAAUCGGGCGAGGCAGGCCAAAAUUACUGGUGAGUUAUUGGAGAUUGUUGCUGGGGCUGAGGCACUAAGACAGCUUGAUUGAUUGACAUUCCUCCUAUCUUGUAUCCAAUAUUCUUUUUGGUGAGAGUUUUGUGACUUACAAAAAUCAUCACUUUGAUAGACAUUUCUCGUGGAAUGAUAUCACGAGUUGUUCUAAACUUUAAGAUCUAGAAUGGGGAAUCAAGCCAAAAAGAUGUUGCAUUUUUGUUCUA